AAGACCUUCUAAGUUGCUUCCAUUCAGGAUUUUUAUGCGAUUAUCACGCGCUGUGGUUACAGCUGGUAUUGUUCCAGCUAUCUUGUCAGUUAUCUUGGCAAAAGUUGGAUAAUCCUAUUGAAACUUUGCCGGGACCUCUGCUAAUAACGUCACUGCCAUCAAUUCCUGUUGCAUGCAAUGGUUGGAAAGAUGGUGUUUGCAAGUGUUCAGAGUUUGAAAAGCUUGUUGAUUGUAGCAAUCUAAAUCUUCUACAUUUUCCAAUUGGAAUACCGAAUGAUACACAGGCGCUAAAUCUAAAAGGAAAUUCCAUCAGUUCUGUGCCUGACUUAUUUCACCUUACCAAUCUUCAGCAAAUUGAGCUGCAAAAAAACAGGAUUAUUAAAGUUCCUGUGUUACCGAAGACAAUUAACGCAAUAAAUCUUUCCGAAAAUAAAAUACAAAACUUCAGCACAGAAUUUGUGGGUAUGAAAUAUCUGUUCGAAUUGAGACUGGAUGAAAAUGCAAUAGAGUAUCUUCCCGCAGGUGGAUUCAAAGGAUGCAGCUCACUUUCACUUCUGCAUAUAGCUGUUAAUCGCAUAAAACUUCUAGAUGGAAAACAUUUAGAAGGUCUUGAUUCAAUAUCCGAUGGGACGUUUAAGAGAAAUAUGAUUACCAACGUCACUUCUUCAGCCAUGCAGGUACUAUGCAAACAAGCUGGAAUAUUGAAUUUUGGAAAUAAUCUGUUGACUACUCUAAGGCCUGGUUUUUUUAGUGGAACUUCAGUAGUUAACGACAUAUAUCUAAGUGUUAAUUUUAUACCAUACCUUCCAGACUACCUUUUUCGAAAUUCAAAUUCUAAAGAUGACUUUGGAAUAAAACUUGGAUCAGUUCAUUUUCAAAAUAUGACACUAGAGGAUAUUGGCGAUAACGCGUUCUUUGGAGUUGAAAGCUGCCUCAUACUGCAGUUGUCUAUGAAUCGACUGAAAUCCAUCCCAAAGGCUGUAACGAACCUUAAUGUGUACAAUUACAUUCUACUUGGCAACAAUAAGAUAACUAGCCUACCAGACCUUGCUUUCAAUGCUUCCAGGGGCAUCGGAGGAAUUUUUCUCAAUGGAAACUUAUUGCAGAGAAUCCCAAGCGGUGCAUUCGCUAAAUUGCACCAAUUGAGGGAACUAUAUCUUUACAAAAACCAAAUCACGUAUAUAGAAGCUGGUGCUUUUAGUGAUAAUGUACUGGAACGGCUGUAUCUGUUCGAUAACCUGUUGACGGCUAUAACACCAAAUUUAUUUGUAACGUCAUUUCAGUCAAUCUUAAACUUGUAUUUGUUUUUUAACCCUGUCAAAACUAUUCAUCCUCAAUCAUUUACAGAGUUAGCCGACAAUGCUACAAUUAUUGGAACAUGUUGUGACUUGGAAAAUAUCCCAAAACUACAGGCACACAUAUCUUUAACUUGUGUCAAUGAAUUCCGAGUGCCACAACUGAUGUUCCCGAUGGUGGUGUGCGAUACUCUGAAUGGAAAUGGCUACAAGUGUUCAAAAAAAGUAAUGAGAAGGUGUCAUUGUGAUCCAUGUUCUAAGGGCUACUAUGGAGCUAUAAUAGAUUUUUCAUGUGUUCCAUGUCCACCAGGAGGUUAUUACCUUGAUGAAAUCGGGGUCUCGAAAGGAUUCACAUAUAGCGAUAACUGUAAGACGUGCAAUAAUGGCACAUACGUCCCACCGGAACGAGCUCCUGGCAGGUCUCUUUCAGAAUGUCAAGUAUGUCCAUUUGGUACACAGACUAAUAAGGUUGCUGGCUCCCGAGCCUGUCAAUGUAUAGAAAAUUACCAUCGUGUGUACCGGUUUGGACGUUGUUUUAAGUGUACAACCAGGGGAAUUAAGUGCCCUUCUGAGUAUCAACAGCUAAAGCCUGGCUUUUGGUGGUACUGGCAGUCACUAAAUAAUUUUUACCAGUAUUCAAAUUUUACCAUUGCUCUUGCACAAGAGAACUAUAACAAUCCUAAUGUCAGACGAUAUUUACAUUUCUCGGGAUCACUGCCAUACGCCCAGGAGUGUCCAAGACCAAAAAGUUGCCCCGGUGACACAAUAUACGCCAGUUGUGCCGACGGUUUUACAGGCUGGAUGUGUACACAAUGUAAAGAUGGCUUUUACCCUUGGUUUGACUCCUGUAAUAAAUGUCCUUCUGUAUGGCAUUUUCUGCUUAUUUACAGCGUUAUCAUCUUGGCAUUGCUCAUUCUUACUGGAUUAGUCUUGUGGGUAGAUUCUAAACGAAAGAAUACUAGCUUGGAAUCUAGAACCACAGCUGAUAUGGUGUUAGCCAGAGUUAAAAUUGUGAUUGGGUUUUAUCAAGUUCUUGCUGGGAUAUUUAGUACAUUAAGCUACAUUCACUGGCCUGAGGCUCUGGCAAAUAUUGGACAACAUCUGCAGAACAUUGCUUUAAACAUCAUUAAGAUUGCCAGCCCACAGUGUCUUGAUCCUCGAUUCAAACUGAAUGCUUAUCGUGAAUUCAUAUUUGGAAUAACAUGGCCCAUAAUUGUAAUAUCAUCUAUCUACUUAAUUUACAUAAUCAAGAAAUUUAUUUCGAAAUCGAAAUACCCUAAAAAAGAGCUUCCAUCAAAAAUGGCGGAAACUAAAAGACUAUGCUUCCAGUAUACACUUUCUUUGCUUUUCUUGACGUAUCCCAACUCAUGUAACACAAUUUUUUCUCUCUUUCCCUCAAUCUGUAAGAGCUUCUGGAUUGAUGAAAAUAAGAAUUACCAGCAAACUAGACUGAAGUCUGACUUUUCAAUCUCCUGUGAAGAUGACAAGUAUAAAAUAUUUAUGUUUGCAGCCUACACAAGUCUUCUCUAUGUCAUAGGCUUUCCAUUGGGUUUGUUGUUUCUACUUUGGAAAUUUAGAAAUAAGUCUUGUCAGCAAAGCGAUCAUGUUACAAAUGUUCUGUCAGUGACUUCAGAUAUAGGUAUUGUAUAUGAAGACCCAAGCAUGGUUUAUUUUGAUGAUGAUCUGGAUGAUGCGUCAUCGCGACGAACAUCAAUUCAGACAACGGUCUCAGAUAGAAUGUUUGGUUUUAAUGACCCUUAUGGUCUUAGAGCUUUUCAUGAAAGUUACAACUCAAGAUGCUGGUUCUGGGAAGUAGUUGAAUUGGUGCGUAAACUAACACUUACGUCGCUCAUUAUCUUCUUCGGCUCGACUAGUAGAACACAGAUCGGAGCUGCUGCGUUUCUGGCGAUUUUGUUCUUGAUUUUGCACGUAGCUUUUAGGCCAAUGAAAGAUAACUUUGAACAUUGGUUACAGUUGCUGUCUUUGGCUACUAUUGUCCUCAAUCUUCUGAUUGGCGUGAUAUUGAUGGUUCCUGUGGACGAUAACAUCAAUCAAACUAAGCUGGAUCGAGCCGAUGAAGUUGGUGUCCAGAUUAUACUUGUGUUGGUUGAUUUUGGAAUCAUCAUGUUAUUUGUAGUUUCUACAUUCCGAUCUCUGUACAAGGCCUUGAAAUACAUCUCAAAAGAAAAUGAAAAGAAGGUGAAUGUUGACAAUUACUUAAGAUUCGUAAAGGAAGAGAUCAAUAGCUCACUUGAUAUACAGUCAGACCCUUUAUUUUAAGAGUAUUAAACUAUUUAAACAAAGAGAUAUAUGAAGUGUAUUUAUUAUGCCGUCAGUGCAGUUGUAUCGGCCUAAUUAUAAGGAGAUGAUGUACUUACUCUACUGCCUCCUUGCCAAGUAUAGUCUGACGACUUUUCCAUUUGGGCUGCUCUGUGCUUGUACAAGUUGUUUUCAUGCUAGUCGUUCUUUGGCAAGUUGUUUCAUGUCUUUUAUUAUCUUCAACUGACAGGGGUUUGUUCUGUAGGGGUUUGUUCUGUAGGUGUUUGCUUUAUGAAGGUUUAGUAGAUUGUUAGAUAGAGUUAUUGGUAGGGUAGAUCUUUGCUGUCCUCGCAAUGUAAUGUAUAUUUAAGAUGUUAAAAUAUGAUUGUUAGAGCAUUAGCGUUGAGAUUAUCAAAUACAUAAACAAGUGGUUCUUAGGAAAUAUAUUACAAAAGGGAUUAAUUUCGGCCAUUUAAUCAGAACGUUUGAUAAAUCAAAGAAAAUCUGUGUACGCAAAAAAAAACAACAUAAAGGUAAUACUUGAAUACCUACAUUGUAGAGCUUUAAGUUUGACUUGAAGUAAUUAAUUGUGUACAUGAUUAAAAAAUGAAAAUGACUGUAUUUGAUUCUUUAUAAUUCUUAUAAUUACAUUAUAUAUCACUUUAAAACAUCUUAACUUCAAUAGGUUUGAUAAUUUAAUUUAAUUUAAUUCUUUUUUAAGCUUUUAUUUAUUUAUAAACUUCCAUUAUGUUUGAAAUGUACCGUAAAUCCUCGAAUAAUCGCCGCGGCGCUUAUAACAUUUUUGGAGGCUUCAGUGCGGCGGUUAUUAAAAAAAUAUAUUGGCGGGGCGCUUUCAUGCCCGUUUCCAUGUUGCCGGUCUCAAGUAUUCCCGUAGACUAUGUAACACGGACUAUCUAUACUUGGGACAUUUUAGGUUAUUAUUUCUUUUAAAAUUACGGUUAACUUUCUGAAAUUAAAUUCCAGUAGACAAAUUUUAUGGAACCGAGUUUAUGGAAAAUAAAUAGCCGAACCUAUGUCACACUGAACUGCAGUAAAGUAAGAAAAAAAGAAGGAAGGUUAGACUGAGUAUUUAAAUCAUCGCAAAUAUAUGUUUAUAAAGAUA